AUGCUUCACUCUCCACUGAAAACAGCCCUGGCAUACGAAUGCUUCCAAGACCAGGCCAGUUCCACGCUGGCUCUGCCCUCAGACCACAAGCUGAAGACUAAGGGCACGGGAAAACAGCGGGUCCAGGAGCAGGUGAUGAUGACGGUGAAGCGGCAGAAGCAGAAGUCGUCCGUGUCGUCGAGCGUGGGCCACUCGAACAGAGGUUCCAUGUAUGAUGGUUUAGCUGAUGGUUAUGGCUACGGGACAUCCCGGGGCAGCUACUACACCAAAACCCAAACAGGGAACAGCAACUGGGGAUACCCGCUGUACAACGGGACCCUGAAGCGGGACGUGGAGAACAGGCGCUACAGCUCCUACAGCCAGAUGGAGGGCUGGGGCAACAAACACUACGGCAAGGCCGUGUGCAGCCCCCGGGCCGGCAGCGACUACUGCUUCGUGCAGAACAUCAAGAGCAGCCGCAGCGAGCCCGACCUGUACUGCGAACCCCCCCGGGGCACCCUCAGGAAGAGCCAGGUCGGGGGCCGGGCAGAGCGCAAGACGACCCUGAACCGCCAGAGCAUCUACAGCAGCUGCAGCACCCAGCAAGGAACUACCAGGACAAGUAAAAAAAUGCCAGCACGGGCCCUCUCUUGCCCCUCCAGCAACAAGCCCGACGUGGUCUAUGCCCAGCCUAUGAUGAGCUGCAAGCAGGACGCGGUUUAUGGGCAGGCUCAGUCCAGCUCCAAAAUCUGUGGUGAUGAGAUAGAUGCCGGGACAAUGACCAUCCAGAAAGCCAUACAGCUCCUGUGCUCCUCUGAUGACAAAUACCAGGCCAUGGGUGCUUACUACCUCCAGCACACCUGCUUCCAGGAUGAGUCUGCCAAGCAAGAGGUCUAUCGGCUGGGGGGCAUCGCCAAGCUCGUGGAGCUGCUCCGCAGCACCAACCAGAACGUUCAGCGGGCGGCAGCCGGGGCCCUCCGGAACCUGGUCUUCAAGAAUCCAACCAACAAGAUUGAAACCCGGCGGCAGAACGGGAUAAGGGAGUGCGUGAGCCUCCUCCGGAGGACAGGGAACACCGAAAUCCAGAAGCAGCUGACAGGAUUGCUCUGGAACCUCUCCUCCACUGAUGAAUUAAAAGAAGAAUUGAUACAGGAGGCCCUCCCUGUCCUGACAGACUGUGUUAUCAUCCCUUUUUCUGGCUGGUCUGACAGCAGCUGCAACAGGACAAGAGAAAUUAUUGACCCAGAGGUGUUCUUCAAUGCCACAGGGUGUUUGAGAAACCUGAGUUCUGCAGACAUGGGGCGCCAGACCAUGAGGAAUUACCCUGGUUUGAUUGAUUCUGUCAUGACUUAUGCCCAGAACUGUGUGGCUUCCAACCGACCUGAUGAUAAGUCUGUGGAGAACUGCAUCUGCAUCCUGCACAACCUCUCCUACCGCCUGGAUGCCGAGGUUCCCAACAAAUACACCCAGCUCAACCACAUGGCCCGGAGCGUUUACAUGGACAAAACUCUCACAGGUUGUUUCAACAGCAGGAGUGGGAAAAUGGAGAAUGACGAGUACGGUGUCCCCCUUCCCGAGGAGGAUUUUAAACCCAAAGGACCCAGCUGGCUCUACCACUCCGAUGCCAUCCGCACCUACCUGUCCCUGAUGGAUCAGAGCAAGAAGGAUGCGACCCUGGAAGCUUGUGCUGGAGCUCUGCAGAACCUCACUGCGAGCCGAGGACUGAUGUCCAAUGCAAUGAGCCAGUUGAUUGGCUUGAAGGAGAAGGGAUUGCCCCGCAUCGCACGGCUCCUCCAGUCCAACAGCUCCGAAGUUGUCCGGUCCGGGGCCUCUUUGCUGAGCAACAUGUCCCGGCAUCCUGUUCUCCACAAAACCAUGGCUCACCAGGUGCUCCCAGAUGUAUCACGUCUCCUGUCAUUCCAGUCUGGAAACACCAGCAGCUAUGGAGAGAUCAUGACAUCAGCUUGUUACACUCUGAGGAACCUCAUCAUGUCCAACCCCCACCUGGGAAAGUCUUACUUGUCAAGCAACAUGCUCAAUAAUGUAGUGAGCCUGUGCCGAAGUGGCUCCUGUCCAAAGGCGGCCGAAGCUGCUCGCCUCCUCCUGACAGAUCUCUGGUCCAACAGGGAGCUCCAGAGUGUGCUCAAGCAGCAAGGGUUUGAUAAGAACAUGAUGGGAUCUUUAGCUGGAACGACCUUCAGGACCCUCUCUUCCAGAUUUUAGGAGCCUCUCCAUGCACGUUCAGGCUGAAGAAUUUGGAAUUGGUUCAUGUCCAAGAAGACAACCCUUCCACGAUUACUUAGGAAGUUAAAGAUGUAGAAUGUUUCUGAGUUUAACUCAACUGUAAAGCAAACUAAACAUGUGGAUUUCAUGUGGAUGAUACUGAUAUUUUUAAGCAUUUUCUUCUUUUUAGCGGGAGAAGGGACUUUUAUAUACUUUCUUGAGGUCAAUAAUUAUUUUUUUUGCCGAGAGUGUGUCUGUGUAAGUCUGUGCUGUGCAUGUGUGUGCAGGCAGCACACGGGCACGUGCCGUGAGUAGGAUCUUCCUACAGGCUUAGUCCCCCGUCCUCCUCCCAAAAUUGUGCAGUUUAACCCCCUUGCAGACUUUUAUUCCAAUUCCACCCAAUCCAUGCACCAAAU